AUGGCCCUUUUCUUCUUUCUUUUGCUGCUGAUCUCACAUCGAGAGCAGCUCCUUCUUGUUCAGGGUCAUCAGAUGAGAGAUCCCUCAACUCCGAGAAAUCGGUCAAGCGGGGGGCUACCCUCUACUCACCUCUCCUAUAAAAAACCCCUACCCAGAGGAGAGCAGAAGCUCCAGGAUGAGUAUGUCCUGGAUUCCCAGAUUCAUUCUCAUCUUGAUCCUCCAUGGAAUUUUGGAAAUCUACAAAAACAUUCUAGAGGAGGGCUCGUCUUCUCAAAGAUCACAAGGUGCUGA